AUGGACGGGUUCCCUCGCCUGUGUCCUCGGUCCUCUCUUGUGCUCGGGUUCCGUCCCCUGGUUCUUGUAACCAUCCCCGCGCCCUCCGGUAUGAAGACCUCGGGUAGCAUGCACACGUACGCGAAACGCAGCACAUCCCUCGACCCGCCUCUCAUUGGGGGCAUCGUUGGCGUAGUCGUCAUAUUCAAUCUCGUCCUCGUGAUCGUCUGGUUGAGGUUCUGCAACCGCCGGAGAGCGCAGAAGCUGCACAAGCGGAAGAUCUCGGAACCCGUAGAUUGCGAGAAGUACGAGAAGAGCGUUGCGUUCGCCGUCUCAACCGGCGCUAUCCCUGCAUCCCCGACCCCAACGGGCAAGUCAUACUAUUCUCUCCUUCAAGCCUCCAACGACAGCCCGAGACCCAUUCCGAUCCUUCCAACCGUCUUUCUCGUGAUUCCUCCCGCGACUCAAUUAGUCCUGCGUCCUAGUGACCUGAAGGAGUUCGAUGGGACGCCCCGGUAUUCGAAGAGACGGAGUCAGCCGCAUGCGUCUGGGAAGAACGCGUCCGCCCCCAUGGACUAUCAUGACCAUCUGUUCCGUUCGCAACCUUUCACGCUCGACCCGAGAGCCCCCGCAAGCUCCCCUGUAUGGAUCUCUCCAAUGCCUAUGCCCCCUGCUCCAGCCGUCAUCUCAGAAGCGUCAUCCUUGGACUUCAACGAAACGUACCCUACCCCAGGUUCAUCCCCGGAGUCAGAGCCCACCCUCCCUGGAACGCACUCGGAAAUCUCACCCAUAGCUAUCCCCAUGUCUGAGGAAACAUCAUUCCUCGACCUCUGCACAACUUCCAGUCCAUCGAAGAUCCGCUGGAUCACGCCCAAGAGCCCAUCAGCGCUAGCAGCCGCCUCACCCAAAUCCCCCCACUCCAAGCGUUCCAACUCCAUCUCAUCGCUCUCGACCAUCUACUCAGUGGUGGAAGCGACGCGUGCGAGGGCCGCAGUACCGGAGCCGGUCACCAUCGCCCCGCUCGCCGUUCGACGGUCCCGCGGUGCGUGGGGUUCGGUAGACCUCACACGCUCGACCCCCAUCUCGCCCCCUACCAGCGCGAACAAGCCCGCGUUCGCAUUUUCGCCGCCCCCAGCCCUCCCGGCGCGCUCCCCUAUGCGGCCGCCGCCCUCGGCGUCCGUCGAGCAGCUCGUUGUCGCGGCAUGA